AUGCGAGGAUGUCUGCAGUUAGGCCGAUGGCUGAGCGCAGCGCCACGCCAGGCCGCGACCCUCCGACCAUCAACUAGUUUGCUUUUGUAUAAAUACCACCGCGCUUUCUCUACUGCUACAACAUACUAUGGGCGCUCGAAAACCACCCCGAUCAAAGCGGAUAUAGACCUCGAGAAACGAAUUUCCGCCAUCCCAAUCGAACGUUUUCGCAAUUUUUGCAUUGUUGCACACGUCGACCAUGGCAAAAGCACUCUUUCCGAUCGAUUGCUUGAAUUGACCGGCACUAUUCAACCUGGAACAAACAAGCAGGUGCUGGACAAACUCGACGUCGAGCGGGAGCGAGGAAUCACAGUCAAGGCACAGACGUGUACUAUGAUCUACAACCACAAUGGCGAAGAUUAUUUGUUACAUUUGGUCGACACCCCUGGCCAUGUGGACUUCCGGGCAGAAGUGUCGCGAAGUUAUGCCAGUUGUGGUGGAGCCAUUCUCCUGGUUGAUGCAAGCCAAGGUGUUCAGGCGCAAACAGUCGCCAAUUUCUACCUGGCGUUUGCACAAGGCCUUGAGUUGAUUCCCAUUCUCAACAAGGUUGAUCUCCCCUCAUCAGACCCAGAGCGGGCUUUGGAGCAGAUGAGAAGCACGUUUGAGAUUGAUACAGAAAAUGCGGUGAUGGUCUCGGCCAAGACUGGGUUAAAUGUUCCGGCCGUGCUACCCACGGUUGUGGAGAAGAUUCCUGCACCUAUUGGUGAUUCCAAGAAACCACUACGUAUGCUGCUCGUAGAUUCCUGGUACGACUCUUACAAGGGUGUGAUUUUGUUGGUCCGUGUCUUCGACGGUGAGGUGCGUGCGGGUCAGCAACUGAUCUCCUUCGCUACCGGUCUCAAAUAUUUUGUGGGUGAAGUUGGAAUCAUGUAUCCAACUGAGACUGCGCAGACCGUUUUACGGGCAGGUCAGGUUGGAUACAUUUACUUCAACCCAGGUAUGAAGCGAAGCAAGGACGCCAAGAUCGGUGAUACCUUCACAACAGUUGGCUCAGAAAAGAUUGUUCAGCCUUUGCCUGGAUUCGAAGAGCCCAAAUCGAUGGUCUUCGUGGCUGUAUAUCCAGUGAACGCUGAUCUUUUUGAGCAUUUGGAGGACAGCAUCAACCAGCUCGUGUUGAAUGAUCGAAGUAUCACAGUACAGAAAGAGUCUUCCGAUGCCCUAGGCGCCGGCUUCCGUAUGGGCUUCUUGGGAACUCUCCACUGCUCAGUCUUUGAAGAUCGUCUACGACAGGAGCAUGGCGCCAGUAUCAUCAUUACUCCGCCUUCUGUCCCAGUCAAGGUCGUAUGGAAAGAUGGUACCGAGGAAAUUAUCACAAAUCCCGCUAAAUUCCCCGAUGAUGAUAGCGUCCGACUCAAAGUUGCCGAGGUUCAAGAGCCCUAUGUCCUAGUCACCUUGACAUUCCCAGAGGAGUAUCUAGGAAAGGUCAUUGAGCUCUGCGAGGCCAACCGCGGUGAGCAACAAAGCAUCGAAUAUUUCACAGCGACUCAAGUCAUCAUGAAAUACGAGCUGCCCCUGGCCCAUCUCGUUGACGACUUCUUCGGCAAAUUGAAAGGAGGCACCAAGGGUUAUGCCAGUCUGGACUACGAAGAGUCUGCAUGGAGAGCCGGCAACAUUGUUCGGCUACAACUUUUGGUCAACAGAGAGCCAGUGGAUGCCGUAGCAAGGAUCAUGCACCUGAGCCAGGUGAGCCGACAAGGCAGAAUCUGGGUAAGCAAGUUCAAGGAGCAUGUCGAUCGACAGCUUUUCGAGAUUAUCAUCCAGGCUGCGGUCGGCAAGAAAAUCAUUGCUCGUGAGACUAUCAAACCAUACCGAAAGGAUGUUUUGGCGAAACUGCACGCUAGUGAUGCUCCAGAGGGUGUGCAAAUAGACCUGGGCAAGGCCCAGGUCAUUGACAGUGUCCCUAAGGUGAUCAAAGAAUUGAAGUUUGGUGUCUUAACCAAUGAUGACAUUGUCGCCCAAGCAGUAGUGGAGGUUUCCGACAGAAAGUUUUUCGACCUAGACCAGGCCCGAACGGUCGUUUCGAACGGACCUCUCGAUCAGCGCAUGGGAAUCUCCAACAAGACCGACGCUUGCGCAACAUGCGGAAACAAUCUUAAAGACUGCAAUGGCCACUUUGGUCAUGUGAGACUAGUUUUGCCAUCAUUCCACGUCGGUUAUUUCAAGCGCGUUAUCUCGAUCCUCCAGGAAAUCUGCAAAGAAUGUUCAAACAUCUUGCUCCCCGAGGCGGAACGCCGUACCUUCCUUCGCGACAUGCGCCGACCGGGCCUCGAUAACCUCCGACGGACACAGAUCGCAAAGCGUAUCAACGACCGAUGCCGGAAAACCCGCGAAUGCCCAUACUGCGGAGCGAUCAACGGUGUUGUGAAGAAGACCGGAACAAGUGCUCUGAAAAUUACCCACGACAAAUUCCGUGCAUUCAAUGUUUCCACUUCGGUCAAAAAGCAGGCACCCAUUAGUAAGGAUGUUUUCGACAAUUCGUUCCUCGAGGCAAGAAGCGCAAACCCAGAGGUCGAGAAACACUUCAAAAAGGCACAGGACGAUAUGAAUGCUCUCCGCGUUCUUAAACUAUUCAAGAAAAUGUCCGACUCGGACUGUGAAUUGAUUGGUAUGAAUCCGAAGGAAGCUCGUCCGGAGAUGUUCUUGUGGCAGUUUAUUCCCGCUCCACCAGUUUGUAUUCGACCUUCGGUAGGACAAGAUGGCGCCUCUACGGAAGACGACUUGACUGCCAAGCUGGGUGAUAUUGUACAGAGCAAUAUCAAUCUUAAAAAUGCCCUUCUUAAGGGUGCUCCAGUCCAAACAAUCAUGGAGUGCUGGGAUUAUAUGCAACUUCAGAUCGCCGUCUACAUCAACAGUGAUGUGCCUGGUCUUAACAAGGCCGAUCUCGGAAAACCAAUUCGAGGCUUCGUUCAACGUUUGAAGGGAAAGCAAGGUCGUUUCCGUGGAAAUCUUUCGGGAAAACGUGUUGAUUUCUCCGGUCGAACAGUCAUUUCACCCGAUCCAAAUUUGCGGGUAGAUGAGGUUGCUGUUCCGGAGCUGGUAGCAAAGAACAUGACUUAUCCCGAACUUGUGACCAGAUACAACAAAGAGAAAUUGCAGCAACGAAUUUGCAAUGGUAGCAACAAGUGGCCCGGUGCAAACUUGAUCGUCAAAAAAGGAACUGGAUUCAGACAGAUGCUGAAGUACGGUAACACCCAGUGGAUGGCUGAUCAGUUGCAAGAAGGUGACCUGGUUGAACGUCAUAUUGAAGAUGGCGAUAUUGUGCUGUUCAAUCGACAGCCCUCCCUCCACAAGCUUAGUAUUCUAUCUCACUUUGCGAAAGUCCGACCCCAUAGGACCUUCCGAUUGAACGAGUGUGUUUGCAAUCCUUACAACGCCGAUUUCGACGGAGAUGAAAUGAACCUUCACGUGCCACAAACAGAAGAAGCCAGAGCAGAAGCAAUGGAGCUAAUGGGUGUGAAGAAUAACUUGGCCACACCCAAAAACGGAGAACCCAUCAUUUCUGCCAUUCAGGAUUUCAUUAGUGCUGCCUACGUACUGAGCAGCAAGGACAACUUCUUCAACCGCGCCUCCUUUACACAAAUCUGUCUCUAUAUGCUUGGUCCUGAAACAAGAUUUGAUCUCCCGCCACCAUCAGUCUUGAAGCCUCAGAUGCUCUGGACUGGUAAACAGGUCUUCAACAUUCUCAUGCACCCCAACAAAUCCGAUCCUGUUCUGGUGAACUUGGAUGCCGCAUGCCGUGAAUUCAAGAUGCCCAAGGAUGGCCGUCCCAAGGACUUGGAUCCCAAUGAUGGCUGGCUAGUCAUCCGUAACUCAGAAGUCAUGUGCGGCGUGAUGGAUAAGUCUACGAUUGGUUCUGGAAAGAAAGAUAACGUAUUCUACAUUAUGCUCAGAGAUUACGGUCCCCCAGCAGCCGCUGAGGGCAUGAACCGUUUAUCGAAACUGUCUGCCCGAUGGUUCACCAACAUCGGAUUUUCAAUUGGUAUCGGAGAUGUCUACCCCAGCGCAGGUCUCGUUCAGUCAAAGAACGAUCUGGUGGAAGCAGCGUAUGCGAAGUGUGACGAAGUCAUUGCUCAGUACAAGGCAGGAACUCUUGAAAAGUAUCCUGGAUGUGAUGAAUUGCAAACCAUGGAAAACCAAAUCUCCGGAAUUCUCAGUAAGGUUCGUCAACAAGCUGGUGACGAGUGUAUUGCGCAGCUCAGCAAAUACAACUCGCCCCUGAUCAUGGCUACUUCUGGAUCCAAGGGUUCUAGUAUCAACGUGUCCCAGAUGGUUGCCCUCGUCGGUCAACAAAUUAUCGGUGGUCAGCGUGUACAGGACGGCUUCCAGGAUCGUACACUGCCACAUUUCCCCAAAAAUGCACGACAACCUCCCUCGAAGGGUUUCGUGCGCAACAGUUUCUUCUCCGGUCUGGAACCCCAGGAGUUUAUUUUCCACGCUAUGUCCGGUCGUGAAGGUCUGGUUGAUACAGCUGUCAAGACCGCUGAAACCGGUUACAUGUCUCGUCGUUUGAUGAAGUCUCUCGAAGAUUUGUCGUCGAUGUACGAUGACACUGUCCGUAACUCAUCUGCCGCUAUCGUUCAGUUCCAGUACGGUGACGAUAAGCUGGAUCCCGUGGAUAUGGAGGGUAAAGCUAAGCCCGUGCAUUUCGACCGAACCUUCAUUCACUCAGAAUCUACUACAUACAACAAUGACGAACGAAGCUUGUUGCCGAUCGAAAUCAUGGAAGUUUGCGAAGAAAUGCUUUCAAAGCAACGUGCGAAGCUAAAUCGCAAGGAUUUGCUCGGCAAUGAUCUCGAAUAUAUGGAUCGCAGUGAUCAUGGUAUCGAUCAAUUUGAAAGUGCUCGCGAUUUCCUCGACUCUAUUCAAGAAUACGUGCAGAAGAGAGCCGACAAAUUGAUCUCUCGUGGUGGUGAUAUUGACCCUUCAGACCAGCGGAGCCGAAAGGGCUUGGACCACACAGGAAAACUGACAGAAACCACACUGCGGGCCUUUAUUACUGCUUGUCUGCUGAAAUACAAGAAGGCCCAGGUUGAGCCCGGUCAUGCUGUCGGCGCCGUCGGUGCCCAAUCCAUUGGUGAACCUGGAACACAAAUGACACUGAAAACUUUCCAUUUCGCUGGUGUUGCCGGAAUGAGUAUCACGCAGGGUGUUCCUCGUAUCAAGGAAAUUAUCAACGCAUCAAAGGAAAUCAGUACCCCCGUCGUGGCUUGUGAGUUGGUCAAUAAGGAAAGUACCAUUGCUGCACGUAUUGUGAAGGGACGUAUCGAAAAGACUUUCCUCCACGACGUUAUCCACUCUAUCACGGAGGUUUGGUCCCCCGACGAUGCCUACCUGAAGGUUGUUUUGAACUGGAAGACGAUCGAGGAUCUGGCGCUGGAGAUCACAACGCCUCAGAUCGUUGAAGCGAUCAAGAACAGCAAGCGCUUCAAGGGAACCGAUCUCAAAUUCUCGUGCAAACAAGCUUCUAUCAAGGUUCAUAUGGAUCUGGAUCCGGCCAGCAAGGCCUCUCUUUCUAAGACAGAGAUUGCCGCCACGAGCGCCGACCCGUUCCUGCGCCUGAAGCAUUUGAAACGUAUCCUUCCUAAUAUCCAAAUUCUGGGUCACCCACGUGCGGCCCGUGCUAUCAUUCGCACGGACGAGACAUCGACCACGAACACUUUGCUGGUGGAAGGCUACGGUUUGAGGGAAUGUAUGACUACAAUGGGUGUGGACGGCCUCCGCACCAGAACCAACAACAUCAUGGAGGCGCGAGAGGUCCUCGGUAUUGAAGCAGCUCGAAGCACAGUCGUCGUGGAAAUCAGCGAGGUCAUGAAGGACAUGGACAUCGAUCCUCGUCACAUGCAGCUUCUUGCCGACGUGAUGACUUAUAAGGGUGAGGUGCUGGGUAUCACACGUUUCGGUCUGGCCAAGAUGCGUGACUCGGUGCUUCAGCUUGCUUCGUUCGAGAAGACUGCGGAUCACCUUUUCGACGCCGGCGGUCUCGGUCGCACCGAUCUGAUCGAGGGUGUCUCGGAAUGUAUUAUCAUGGGCAAGACGGUGUCACUGGGUACCGGCGCCAUGGAGGUUGUGCGUAAACUCAACUUCUAUCAAGGCCAGAUUGGCCCUCGAAAGACGGUCUUUGAAGAUGCUUGGACCGAGCAUUGUGAGGUGCCUCUGGCCAAGAGACCCAAAAGAAAGGUCCGGUGA